AGAUUGAACAAUGGAACAAUUUGAACAACUGCUAACUUGUGCCAUUUGCUUGGAUCGAUACAGGAACCCAAAACUACUGCCAUCAGGUAAAAUGUCCAGAAUGUCGGGCAGAACACCGAAUUCCCUAUCAAGGAGUUCAAGGGUUUCCCACCAAUGUAACUCUCCAGAGAUUUCUGGAACUACACAUCGAAAUAACUGGAGAACUACCAGAUCCGACAAGUGGCCAAGUAAUGGAAAGAUGCAACGUGUGUUCAGAAAAAGCGUACUGUAGUUUCUGUUCGCACUGUGAUAAAAAAAUAUGUGAAGAAUGUAAAGGCGCUCACAUGGAGAUCCUCAGAAGAGAAAUUUCAAGAAUAAACAACCAAAUCCGUCGUGGAAUUCACAGGCUGCAAGAUACUCUUUCAUUAGUGGAAAAAAAUGCGCAGAGUAUUCAAACUAACUGCCUCUCCGUGGGCGAAGAAGUCGAGGAAAUAUACAGAAGGCUUAAUAAAGCUCUGAAAGAUCGCACCGAGCAUUUACGAGGUGAAAUCGGCAGGUAUCUGAGUACGGAAUUACGAACUUUGAAUACCCUCAAAGCAAAUCUUGAACAAGAAAUUUCAAAUAUAUUGAGCAACUGCGACCUUGCCGACAAACACAUGAACGAAAACGUUGACAUUUGGGAUGACUGUGAGCUGAUGGACGCCAAGGAAAUAUUUCUGAAAACGGUCGAGUUUAUUCGAAACUUUGAAUACGAAAAUUCCGAUUAUACUCGAAAAGUACGCCUAAUUCUAGCUCACGAUCCCAAUCAACUAGUACUACACGUAGCGGGAUUCGGAGAUUUGAACAUAGCAAGUAGUAAUUUCGGUCAGACAUCGGGGUUGUUACAGCCGCCUGGAGGACCUGGUCUAAUGCGAUCAAAAAGCGAUCACCGAUUAGCUUCACAAUUCAGGCAGCAAGAAGAGCGAGGUUAUGGUGAAAGAGGUUACGGUGAUGAUGAGCAAGUUCUGAGUGGCAGGAAAUUCGGUGAAAGGCCGAAAAGUACCACCGGUGAAACCCGGUACGGUACUGAAAGAUACGGAAGAGGAGUUACUUCAGAGUAUGGUGAAGAUUAUGAUCACGACAGUAGGCCUAGAUCAAAAUACAGCAGAUUCAGACGCCAUCAGAAUCCAGAUAAUGAUUCAGAUACUGAACAAACAAGUAGAGGUGUCAGGUUUCAUGAAAACAAACAUGAAAGAGAGAGAGCCCUGGAUACGGAAGAUGUUGCUCGAGGGCCGCUAAGUGGAAUCACCAGACUGGCCGAUUCUCCUAGAGUAAUGAAAAAAAUGCAGGAUCACGAAAGUGGUAGAACAAAAAAGAAAGAAGAUCCUCCUCCACAAUCCGCACCUCAACCGAAAGUAGUUCCCAAAAGACCUCCUCCACCUACAACAAGACAAGUCAGCGAGGAGGAUGAAAUAUCGAGAAUUAAAAAACAAAACAAAGGGGCAACAACAUCAACAGAAACUACUACAGAAACUAGAUCUGUAGAAAGACCUGUUACAGACGAAAGGCAAAGGAAACCCCCCGCCCCUGAGGCCGUAUCCAGCACAGAAGAAACCGACGAAUCGGUGACUUCCUUGCAGCAAAGCCAAAGAAGAUCUACUUCUAAGACUAACCCAGGUACUAAUCGUAGGGCUUCCGAUGCCAGCCACAAAAAAUCCACUCGUUCACCUAGUUCAGACUCCACAACAUCAACAGAAUCUUCUACUGCUUCUGCCAGAGCUGUUCGGAAUACUGGGGCACCAUUCACCACUGAAGAAGUCAAACAAAAAAUAUUAUCCAAGACAGACACUUCUCCUUCUCCGGCUCACACUUCUCCUUCUCCGGUUCGUGGAAAAAUAUCCUCUACUGGCUCAACGAAAGAAACACCAUCGCCUAAACCUUUCCAAAGCCGAUUUCUCCAGAACAAGACACACACCACUCCACCUCCUGCUGCUGACGACGAAGAGACUGAAACCAGCUCCGAAGAGGAAACGGAGACCGAGGAAGAUUCAGAAGAGCCUACCAAACCCGAAACUAAAGAAAUGGCAAAGACAGACAUAGGGCCACUGUUGGCUAGAAGUGCGAACGCAAGAGACAGUAGUAGCGAAAAUGUGCGCAGAAGCAGUCGAGAUGAAACACCGCUUUACAGUCGAUCGAAAUAUGCCCCAAAGGAGGAACCUACAAAGUACACGAGAAGCAGAACAUCAGCAGUUACAGAAGAUGAACCGCCUCGGUACGGUUAUACGAGUAGGUUCCUCAACAAAAGUAAGAGUUCCGUCGCUAUACCACCUGAGGAAGAUGAUCAUCAUACCAGUAAAUACAAUUCUUCGGCUGUUGAUGAUGACAAUAAGUAUCCCUCAAGCGGUAGGUCGCGUUACAUGGCUUUGAAGGAGCGCAGGCAACGCCUUGCUAGAAGCAGAAGCAGCCAACAAUUUGGAGAUGAAGAAGAACCCGAUGAACCAGUAUCUCCCACAUCCUCCAACCCGUCUGCUUACCUUGCUUCCAGAGGAUACGGCUCGACUGCAUCAGGCCAUGAUCUUGCUCGUAGUCGUUCCUCUCAUACUCUCAAAUCUAGAGACAACUCUCCAGACAGGUCAACGGCUCCAUCAACUGAGAAGGAUGGAGCUGCUCUAAGUUCGUGGGCUAGAUAUUUGAAAAAUAAGUACGGCAACAGAAACGGAGGAAAAGAUAAGGAUAAUGGAGCUAACGCAACAACGCCUUCGUCAAGCAGUUCUGCAGCUGCCAGAAGACUCUCACUUGGACUUCCAUUGAGAUCAUCUACUGAAUUGGCGAGUUCGGAUGAUGAUUCAAAAAACAUGCAAGGCUCCCCCACUACCCCUACAGCAGCUACGGCGGCAGCAGGUAUCGCUCAGGCAGUGGCAGGUACCUCCCCUAGGAGUCAAUACCUGCAAAAAUGCCAGCAGCUGUUUCAAAUUGGUAGCCGGGGGAGCGAAGCCGGAUGUUUCACAUGGCCACGAGGUGUGGCCGUUGGACCCGAUAAUACAAUAGUCGUUGCCGAUUCAUCUAAUCACAGGGUUCAAGUUUUUGACUCGAAUGGCCGUUUCUUAAAAGAGUUCGGUCAGUACGGAAAUAAAGAAGGAGAGUUUGACUGUCUCGCAGGAGUUGCCGUAAACCGCAUAGGACAAUAUAUUAUUGCAGACAGAUACAAUCACAGAAUACAAGUAUUUGACCCUUCCGGUAGAUUCUUGCGAACAUUUGGCAGCCAAGGUACAGCAGAUGGACGUUUCAACUAUCCAUGGGGUAUCACAACUGAUGCUUUGGGAUUCAUUUAUGUCUGCGAUAAGGAAAACCAUAGAGUACAGGUAUUCCAAUCAGAUGGUACCUUUGUCGGCAAGUUUGGUUCACUGGGCAACAAAGAAGGCCAACUGGAGCACCCACACUAUAUUGCAGUGUCAAAUACAAACAGAGUAGUAGUGUCAGAUUCAAAUAAUCACAGAAUACAGAUAUUUGAUGUGAAUGGAAAAGUAUUAACAUCCUUUGGUACAGAAGGCACAGAAGAGGGGCAAUUCAAAUUCCCUAGAGGAGUGGCAGUGGAUGACCAAGGUUAUAUCUGUGUUGCAGAUUCAGGAAACAACAGAAUACAGAUCUUCCAUCCUGAUGGUACAUUCUUAAGAGCAUUUGGUUGUUGGGGGACAGGAAAAGGUGAAUUCAAAGGUCUUGAAGGAGUGGCUAUGACACCAAAUGGUCACAUUCUAGUGUGUGAUCGAGAAAAUCAUAGAAUACAAGUAUUUUAAAACGUUUUUAAUUGAUGUGUGAAGUUUUUCCAAACAUAAAGUGUGCCAACUUACAAUAAAUUGAUUUGCAUUUA